AUGGCCAAAGUAACGGAAAGGAGCCCUUUAUUAGAUCAACAAGCGACAACGGGCACAAGAACCGUAGCAGUGCAGUUGGCACCAACGUGGCCCGAAGAGCUGAACUGGCUGUUCUAUAAAAGCGUACCUGUUACACUGUAUUAUAUACUCAAAGUCCUAAUAAACAUUGCUAGCGUCCUUGCACUCGGCCAUCUUGGGUCGACUGAGCUUGCAGCAAGUGCAUUGGCCACAAUUUUCCUCUCCACAACAUGGUUCACCGUUACAUAUGGUGCUUCAAGUGCGCUUGAUACUUUAUGCUCUCAAGCUUGGACGGGCGCACAAGACCGGAAAUUGGUUGGCGUUCAUCUGCAGCGAGCACUAGUAAUUCUAAGCAUCAUGCAUGUGCCCGUUGCACUCCUGUGGCUUAAUGCAAGUCGUAUCUUGUUGGCAAUCGGCCAGGAACCAGAAGUGGCACUUUACGCAGGCAUCUAUUUAAGAUAUUAUCUGAUCGGAGCUCCAGCCUAUGCUUUUUCUGACGUCCUGCGAAAAUAUCUACAAGCCAUCGGUAUUAUGAGCGCUGCGACUUACGUUCUUAUGAUAGUUGCGCCCAUUCACAUCGUAUUGACCUACAUUUUGACGUUUUGCGAGCCAUUCAAUCUCGGUUUUGACGGUGUUCCACUUGCAGCCAGUCUUACCUCCUGGAUCAUGUUUUUCCUGCUUGCAACUUAUACACGCUUUUCACCAGAGUACUAUGAAGGCUGGGGUGGAUGGACGCGUGCCUGCCUUUCCGACUGGAACACCUUCUUCCGUUUCGCUGUACCCGGUAUUGUCACCAGUUAUGUGGAGCUCGGUUCAAGUCACCUCAUCUCGUUUGGCGCUAGCUAUCUAGGAACCACCGAAUUGGCGGCGCAAUCUAUAAUCAUGAAUGUGCAUGAUAUUUGCAGCGUGAUGGGCUGGGGUGUUUCUGGCGCAGUCGCAACACGUGUAGGCAACGCGCUCGGAAACGGCCGACCUGCCGAUGCGCAACAAGCGGUCCGCUGUGCUUAUGGCUUGAUCCUUGGUUUGGGAUCGUUAUUGUCAGCCGCAUUAAUGGUUUGGUCUGAUAGCUUGGGUUAUUUGUUUACACCCGACAUUGACAUCGUGCUUGCUGUAGCAACCAUGAUCCCACUUCUUGCCAUUGCUCAAGUUUUCCUUGGUUUGGGAAAUGUUGCUACAGGAGUUCUGCGUGCUGCAGGAAGACCGGAAGUUACGGCUUGGAUCAACACCGUCAUGUACUAUGCUAUUGGGAUACCAACGGCAUAUAGCCUCGCAUUUAAGGCUGAUUGGCAGCUGGCCGGCCUGGUGACCGGAUUAUGUCUCGGGAUCAUCUUUACAACUGCUGGCCAUUUGUUGUACAUUCAUGCUAUCGAUUGGUUCAUGGUUGUACAAAGGACCCAGGAACGGAUCCAGAGCGAAGAGAGCAAGAUCAGUGAUGAGUAUUGA